AUGACUUCCGAACCUAUUAUCGUUAUCACUGGUGCCACCGGUGUCCAAGGCGGCAGUGUUAUCCGUGCAUUACAAGCAACUGGCAAAUUCAAAUUGAGAGCCGUAUCCCGCAAUCCUGAAAGUGAUGCCUCCAAAGCGCUUAUCGAAAAGGGCGUGGAAGUUGUUCAAGGCAAUGCGAAUGAUGGUGAAUCCAUGAAGAAGGCCUUUACGGGUGCAUGGGGUGCAUUCCUUGUUACCAACUUUUGGGAUCCUGCAGCAAAGGGGGCCAAUGAUACGGAUUUGGUCCAAGGAAAGUUGCUUGUGGAUGCUGCCAAGGAGGCUGGUAUUCAAUACAUUGUAUGGUCAUCGCUUGAGGACAUUCAGGGCAAGAGCAAUGGCAAGCUUCUCGUACCUCAUUUCUCAUACAAGAACAAGGUUGAGCAAUACAUCCGAUCCAUUGGGUUUGAUGCUGCUUUUGUCUAUGCUGGGUACUAUGCUUCCAACUGGAUCGGCUUUCCACAACUUGCAGGUCCCCUUCGUAACCAAGAUGGAUCCAUUGUCAUCCACUCGCCAUUCCGCGAUGAUGUAAAGAUCCCUAUCAUUGAUAUGGAUGCGGAUUUUGGCAAGUUUGUGGCACCAGCGUUCCUUGAUCCCGUAAAAUUCCAUCACAAAAAGAUCAUGGCUGCAUCAGAGUACAUCACUGUCCCACAAAUGGUCGAAGCUUAUACAUCCGUUACGGGAGAGGAAAUCACUGUCAACUAUGUCCCUUUUGAAAAGAUCAUGGAGAUCCCCAACGCCAACAUGUUGCCUCCUACCAUGUUCCAUGACGUCGUUUGCAUGUUCAAUGACCUUGGCUACUUUGUUGGUGCUCCUCUGGAACCUACCCAAGCCCUUUAUGACCAUGAUCUCAAGCUCAACUCUUUCAAGGAUUGGAUUCGUACCUCAGGAUUCAAGGUCCCACCGCCCUCUGCUCCAACACAAUAG